AUGUCGGACGAUCAAUACGAAAAUGUAGAGAAACUAGGGGUUACUCCUUUGCCUGAUGGUCGAAAGGAGCAGAUGCCAAAAGGAAAAUCAAAGGAGACGAACACCGCCAUGACAGCUACUAACACAACCCAGGAACCUGAAAAGAUCCCAGAGAAGCUCAAGUCAAAAAAGAAGAAGGAAAACAAAACUACCACGGCCAAGUCAAAGGAAGAGAUCAGCAGCAAUGCAACUCACGACAGCCAAGAUGCAGGAACCAAUGAAUAUCUGAAGAAGAUCAAGGAGCUCGGAAGCAAGGAGAAGACAAAGAGGAGCAAGAGGAAGACAAAGGCCAGCAAGGAAAGCGCGAAGAACAACAUGGAAAAGGGAAGCAAGAAAAAAGAAAAAAACCAAGAAAGAUCAAGGAGCAAGGAAAGCAGCGAGAUUUCAAGCAAUCAGCAAGAAGAAACAACACAAGCCUCCAAGUUCGUCACCUGCAGAGAAAACUUCAGCCGUUUAAGUGAUGAGCCAGAAACGAGCAACGUCAAGAAGGACAGCAAGAGAUCCUUUAAGAACAUAUUCCGUAGAAAGAGCUCAAAGAAGAAAGACGCUCAACAAUCCUCAAUAAACAAAGCCAGCAAGGAAUCGUCGAAGAACAGAACAACGAGCAAAGGAUCCUCAGAGAAUAAAGAGAGCAAAGAAUCCUCAGCAGAUAAAGAUAGCAAAGAACAGGCGAAAGAGGUCAGCGUGGAUAAGGUCGAUGACAAACGAUCAAUGAAAUCAAAGUCUAAAAAGAGGAUUACGAGUGGAUCCUACCACUCCAUGCCCCUCCCCGGGAUCAACCGGUUUGGACUACCGAACGACAACCAACUCAACGCCGACACUCUCUACGACGAUCCCAACCCGUUCUCUGCCACUGAUAACACCAAUGAGGUAAGCUGGCCAAGGUUUCAAAUGCUUUGUUCUUUUGGAUGCUUACAUGUUAAACUAGAACUUAAUUAGGUCAAAAACUGUGUAGAUGUUAUGAUAAAAUUGAUAUCCAAUAUUACCAACUUUAACUUAUGCACAACCUUUUACUUUCAGCUGUCGGAUCUCAGUGAAUUCAAAAAGACUCGUCGCAUUGAAAAACAGGCAAGGUACCGUUCUCCCAAACAGUUCCUUUAUCGAAAUGGAGUUAUCAUAGGCUAUGCUAUUGGCAACAUUGCAGCGAUAAUAGCCAUUAUGUCUCUGAUUAUCUUAACUGCUGAGGUUGAGCGCCAAGCUAAGGGUGUAGUAACGAAUGUAGGUUAGCUUUUAAGAAAUAUUUAAAAAUUUCAUAUCUUUUGAUAAAAAGUAGUUGUCCCUACAACUGUAUAUUGUAGUACACGGCCUUGGUAGGCCUCAAUCGCCCAUGCUACUACGAAUGGGGACCGUGGUCAAGUUGUAGCGCUACGUGCAGAUCUCCUGGACAGAAGGUACCAUACAAGAUGAGACGAGUCAUCAAGGAACUGGUGAUGAUGCCUCGGGGCAUCUUCCGUACCAAAAACUUUGUCCAUCACUGCCAAAAGAUGAAAGAACAUGUAGUGAGCUAUUAAUUUAAAAGCUUUAUUUUUUGACCCACAAAUAAAUAAAGUAAGACCUUUCAUACUUUUUCAGGACACAGCUCCAUGUAACAUAGCGUUCUGUCCAGUACCAGUCGACUCGUUCUCUUUCGGAGAAUGUGUAGCCAAUCAGAAGAUGAGAAUGAUCCCCAAGACUCUAACAUACGUAAGAUAACCGAGAUCAGAGUAAUAUUUGACAUUUUAGCUGAUUACCACAAACGCCAGUUUCACCAAGCCGUGUUGAUCAAGGGGACUUACGUUAAUAUUAAGAUGUUCUACUUUUUAAUUUACUUUAUAUUGCUUGAAAUAAAAGUUAUAGUAUUUAACGUUAUUGUAAUCGUAAAACGAAGACAAAUAAAACUUCGAAUUUUGAAGAAUUUCUGUUUUUCCUUUCGUAUAAAAGAGAACUGAUAAUCUGCGAAAGGAGGGCGCAGCGGAGAUUGAAAAAUUAAAUAAAAAUAAAGUUUAUGAUUGCUCAACCUGGAGUGGAUUUUGUUGAUUUUCUCCUUUUCUUACGAUGCUUUAUUUACAAAAAGUAUCAAUCUGAAUUAGCUGACAUGAUAUUUUGUUAUUCAUUUUGAAUAAAUUUAUUUUAAGUGUAUUUUUUUCAAGUUUGUUUUGCUUCGUAUACUUGUAUAGUUUUGUGUAGAGAUUGUUGAAGAUAGUGGAUAGGCUUUACGGGUAGAAUUGAUUACUUUUGACUAUUAUAUAGUUUUUUGCGUUUAAGUAGAGGUCAACGUAUACUUUUAUACCUAAAGUAAUAUUGUUAUAGCGCCCUGGAGUCCUGCAUUGAAGCCGAAAUACGCUGGGUGCAGAAAAAUUCGGCCCAUCAGGUACUGAAUCAACUAGAGUCAUUUCUGUUUGACAUUGCAUGCAGGUUAAAUGCCGUAAAGAAGCUGAACAGAGUCCCACCUCUAAAACAAUGUGAACCUGAACCGAAAACUGUCAAUCUUGUAGCUCAUCCAAACCGAGAAGCGCUCUCAGGACGGGUUACUCUUAUAGCUGACACUUUGACGUUUGCUGAGAUUUCUAUGAAACAUAUCAGAGCAAAUGGAGGAGUUUACAAGGCCAAAUGUGUUAACCAAUUCAAGAUUUCACAGCUUCAAGCUUGCAGCGCGCUAGUCGUCAGAACAAUGGGAACGCUACAGAAGGUAACGGUUGUUUUUGUUUGAUUUUGUCUUUAGAUUGUACUUUUGGAGUAUUUUAUUGACGUAAAGUUUGUAUUACUUUGUGAUCAAUAGAUAACACUAUUGAAUAGACAUGAGAAACGGGCCGGCCCGGACCUGCCAUCGGGCCGGGCCGGCCUUGAGCAAAAUUCCGAUCGGGCCGGGCCUCACAUUCAGGCCCGGCCCGUUUCUCAUGUCUACUAUUGAAUUCCGACUGUACCUAAAUCUAUUCAGGGACGCAGCAGCUUUGACGAAGCGACAAAAGGAGGCAACUACACGCUACAAACAUCUCGUUUACUCUGUAAUAUUCUGAAGGAUGUUGUCCAACAACUAAACGAGUGUCUCCAAAGUCUAUUUGCCCCCGAACUGCGGACCUACCAAGAACUGUUCCAUUCGGCAUGUGUUGACAACUUUGAGCCGGCUCCUCCUCCUGACGUUCUCUUCAGUUUCUACGUGUCGAUCGACCGGUUGUUCUUAACUGCCUACCAGAUGACUCCCACCCCUAACAACUCUUAUUCCAUUGCCAGUUUCCACGCCGAAGCCCGUCUGGACUCGUUGACUCAGCUGCACCAGCUCCUGAACAAAGCCCGGCUGAGCGCUUCAUCGUUGUGCUCAAACUUGGAGAUGUUCCAUAACUAUCUUGCUUAA